AUGGUUAAAAAGUUUGGUCUUGAAACAGCAAAGCAUGCUAAAACUCCAAUAGGAACCACAACCAAAUUAACCAGGGAUGAAAAUGGUGUCAAAGUUGAUCCUACAUUAUAUAAAAGUAUGAUUGGUAGUCUUCUAUAUCUUACAGCUAGUCGUCCUGACAUAUGCUAUAGUGUUGGAGUCUGUGCUAUGUAUCAAGGGAAUCCUAUGGAAUCUCAUGUAGUGGAUGUGAAAAGAAUUAUUCGUUAUGUACAUGGGACUGUUGAUUAUGGUCUUUGGUAUUCUAAUGAAACUAAUUCUAACCUUGUGGGCUUUAGUGAUGCUGGUUGGGUAGGUAAUGCAGAAGAUAGAAAAAGCACAACUGGAGGAUGCUUCUACCUAGGCAACAAUCUUGUUUCAUGGCAUAUCAAAAAGAAGAAUUCAAUCUCUUUGUCUACUACUGAGGCUAAAUACAUUGCUGCUGAAAGCUGUUGCACUCAAUUGUUGUGGAUGAAACAGAUGAUGAUUGAUUAUGGGUUUUCUCUUGAUACUUUGACACGCACUAAACACACGUCACCACUUCAUUAG